AACCCCAUGCAUUUAAAUCCAUUUACUGCACCCCCCCUUCUCUCUCCCCGAUGAGUCUCCAUUGAAUUUAAUGGAGAAAAUCUCUGCAACCUCUGCUCUGAUUCCCUUUACUCUCAUUUCUCUCUCUGUAUCUAUUAUGGUCUAUGCUUACACACCCACACUCUAUCUACAUUUCUUUUAGCUUAGAUUGGUUAUACUGUACUGUUCGUAGUUACUACAGUGCCGAGUACACUGUUUUUUUUCUUCUCUUCUCUUUUUGCUUAAUUGCGCUUUGGGGCGCGCAAUAAAUGCUUUCGCGAUUCCUGUCUCGAUCAUGUGUCACAUCGAGACGGUUAGGGACGCAUCGCUGUCUUAAUUGAUUUAUCAUCCGAUCUUGUUGCGCCGGGGGAAAUCGAAUCGGCGGCGUUGAGGGUUUUUUCUGCCGUUGUCGCGGAGAUCGGCGAUCUGGGGAGGUUAAUUUGCUGGGCUGAGCUGAUCCGGCGGGUUUUGCUUGCCGUUUCUGUGAUUUGUGGGGUUGGGUUGUGGUUUGGUUCGCGGUUGAGUAGAUGAAUCCGCUGUGCUGCAUUGCUCCGGUUUCAAUUGAGGAGGAUCGGGGUAAUCCGGCGGGGGUGAGGCCUCCGCCGUCGCAAUCGCAGUGUCAGAUAGGGUUUGAGAAUGGGGCGUCUGUGAGACCUGUUGGUUUAGGUUCGAAACCGAGCUUCUCUAAUGGACAGUUUUCUUGUUUGAGCACUAGCGAAACUGAAACUUCCGUUGGGCAUGAUAGGGAAGACAUUGCGGCGGCUGAUGAUUUGCGUGAAACAAAGGGGUAUAACGGGAAUGAAGGUGGGUGUGUGGCCGGAGUACUGCACAAGUGGGUGAACUACGGGAAGGGGUGGAGAGUGAGGUGGUUCGUAUUGGAAGAUGGGGUUUUGUCUUACUACAAGGUUCACGGGCCGGAUAAGAUUUUCAUUAGCCCCUUUGUAGAGAAAGGGCUCAAGGUGAUCGGGGAUGAUUCUUGGAGAUAUAUGAGGAAAUCCAAUGGGAGCAAUCAUCGGCUUUCUGGAUCUUCAAAGCAGUGGAAACCAUUUGGGGAAAUUCAUUUGAAGGUUUCAACCGUUCGGGCUAGCAAGUCUGAUGACAAAAGGCUUUCUAUAUUCACAGGGACAAAGACGCUCCAUUUGUGCUGUCUGUCAAGAGAGGACAGAGCCACUUGGAUUGAAGCUCUCUUGGUUGCUAAAGAUCAAUUCCCAAGGAUGUUAACAAGUGGUGAUUUUGCACCUUCUGAAGAUUUUGUUGUUUCCUCUGAGAAGCUACGUGCUAGAAUGCUGCAAGAAGGGAUUGCUGAAUCUGUGAUAAAAGAUUGUGAGGAUAUCUUGGAAAGUGAACUUGGUGAGCUGCAACACAAGUUAAAAGGCCUCCAACAUAAACAUAUGAUGUUACUGGAAACAUUGAGACAAUUGGAGGCAGAAAAAAUUGAGUUAGAAACAACUGUUGUUGAUGAAACAAAAGGGCGGGACUCGUGCUGUGGACAAGGGAACAGAAGAUUCAGUGAUUUCUACUCCAUCAUGUCAGAGGGCAGUGCAACUGAUUCAGAGGCUGACAAUGAAAGCCGCUAUGGAGUUGAUGUUGAAACAGAUGAAGAGGAUAUUACAUUUUUCGAUACAAAUGAUUUUCUGUCUUCUGAAGCUAUGAAAAGUGCUUCAUAUCGCAGUAGAGAUGCCCGUCAUUCUUUGGCACAUGAUGAUGAGUCAUUUUUCAGUUCUGGUCGAGUCAGAGAAGUAGGAAUGGAAAUAAAGACAAUCAAUUAUCCUUACAUUAAAAGAAGGGAUAAUCUUCCAGAACCAAAGGAAAAGGAGAAGCCAAUUGGUUUGUGGGCCAUUAUCAAGGAUAAUAUAGGGAAAGACCUGUCUGGUGUGUGUCUCCCAGUCUAUUUCAAUGAACCACUUUCCUCCUUGCAGAAAUGCUUUGAAGAUUUGGAAUACUCAUACUUGGUUGACCAGGCGCUUGAGUGGGGAAAGCAGGGCAAUGAUUUGAUGAGAAUUCUAAAUGUUGCUGCUUUUGCUGUUUCCGGCUAUGCAUCCACUGAAGGCCGGCAAUGCAAACCUUUCAAUCCGCUACUUGGAGAAACGUAUGAGGCUGACUAUCCAGAUAAAGGUCUGAAGUUCUUCUCUGAAAAGGUCAGUCAUCAUCCUAUGGUUGUUGCAUGUCAUUGUGAGGGAAGAGGGUGGAAAUGUUGGGCAGAUACUAAUCUUAAAGGCAAGUUUUGGGGCCGUUCAAUUCAACUUGAUCCAGUAGGAAUCCUGACCUUACAAUUUGAAGGCGGCGAGACAUUCAGAUGGAGCAAGGUCACUACUUCGAUAUACAAUAUUAUAAUUGGGAAAAUCUAUUGUGACCAUUAUGGCACUAUGCGCAUACAAGGCAGUGGUAAAUAUUCCUGUAUCCUCAAAUUCAAGGAGCAGUCUAUUAUAGACCGAAAUCGUCAUCAGGUUCAUGGAUUUGUGCAAGACAACAAAACAGGGGAGAAGGUGGCAAUGUUACUAGGAAAAUGGGAUGAAGCAAUGUAUUAUGUAUUGGGAGAUCCAGCUACAAAACCAAAGGGAUACGAUCCAAUGACCGAUGCAAUAUUGUUAUGGGAAAGGGAUAAGACACUUACAAAAACGAGAUAUAAUCUCACACCUUUUGCUAUAUCAUUAAAUGAAUUGACACCUGGUUUGCGGGAGAAACUUCCACCAACUGAUUCAAGGCUUAGACCAGAUCAGCGACACUUGGAGAAUGGGGAAUAUGAGCUGUCCAAUUCAGAGAAGCUCAGGCUCGAGCAAUUGCAGCGACGGGCUAGGAAAUUACAGGAGAGAGGUUGGGAACCAAGAUGGUUCCGCAAAGACGGCGAUGGGCAUUACCAGUAUGUCGGUGGAUACUGGGAAGCAAGGGCAAAACAGGACUGGGGAGGAAUCCCCGAUAUAUUCGGGCAGACAGUCGAUCUAACGUCCCCAGGUAAUAUAGACGAAGGAAUGUAAUGCUUCUUAUGGUUGGGGCCAAAGUUUGUUUAUUAGGAAUCAAAGUUUUACUGUUCUGGCCACUGUGUGUUACUUUUAUCUUUUGCUUUUGGGUAGAUAAAUGAUGUUGAUUUGUGUUUUAUGGUGAAUGAAGGAAAGGGCCAGAGCGUGUUCAUUGUUAUGUAUGUAUCAGGGGGGGCUUUUUUUGUAAAGUGAAAUACUGAGGUGAAAGUG